AGCUGACUGUUAACUACAACGGAGAAGUAUUGAUUACCUUCAUUCUGUGGGCUGUAAUUUUCAGAUGGAAAUGCCAAGGGCAGCACAGAGAACAGUUUGAAGAGGAGAGGAUGGACUGGAAGACAACAUUUUGUCUGAAGGUGUUCAGGCUUCAGACAAGGGUCUGAAGCACCGCCAGCUGACCAGACUUCUGCUCCCUUGUCCCCCGGCAGUUCCCGGACUGGCAGGUCAUAGUUUUGCCUCUUUCCACCGUCUCUCUGCAGCACAGAUGAAAAUGGCAAGUUCCUUAGAUUUCCCUCUGCUCGACCUCUUUGUCUGCCUCGUCUUGGUCCAGCUGCUUACCCCUUGCUCAGCUCAGUUUUCUGUGAUUGGACCCCCUGGCCCCAUCCUCGCCAUGGUGGGUGAAGACGCUGAUUUACCCUGUCAUCUUUCCCCGAAGAUGAGUGCGGAGACCAUGGAGCUAAUGUGGGUGAGAUCCAGCCUUAGGGAGGUAGUAUAUGAGUAUGCAAAUGGGAAGGAGGUAGAAGAGAAUCAGAUGGCAGAGUAUCGAGGGAGAACUUCGAUUUUAAGAGAUGGCAUCACUGAAGGGAAGGCUACUCUCCGAAUUUAUGAUGUCACAGCCUCUGACAGUGGAAACUACCUGUGUUAUUUCCAAGAUGAAAACUUCUAUGAAAAAGCCAUGGUGGAGCUGGAAGUUGCAGCAUUGGGUUCUGAUUGUUACAUUGAAGUGAAGGGUCAUGAGGAUGGAGGCAUCCAUCUGGAUUGCAUGUCCACUGGCUGGUAUCCCCAACCCGAAAUACAGUGGAGAGAUGCCAAGGGAAUAGGCAUGCCAGCUGUGCCAGGACCUUUGGAGCUGGAUCGAGCAGGUCUCUAUGCAGUCUCAGCAUCUGUGAUCGUGAAAGACAGCUCUGAAGAUGAGGUAUCCUGUAUCAUCAGAAAUCCCCUCCUCGGGCAGGAAAAGUCAGCAAGGAUUUCCAUUGCAGACCCCUUCUUCUGGAGAGCCAGGCCCUGGAUAGUAGCCUUGGCUGGGACCCUGCCUGUCUUGCUGCUGCUUCUUGCAGGGGCUGCUUACUUCCUCUGGAAACAGCAGCAGGUGAUAGAGAGAGAGCAAGCAGAAAAGGAAGAGGAACGAAGGGAAAGAGAGUACCUCCAGCGUAUACUGCGUAAGUUCAGAUUCCCCGAGGGGUCCACCAUGGCUCGGUAUCUCUGCCUUAAGCUGCUUCAUGACACUUCAGGUUCCUUCCAUUGCAGAUGUAUGAGAGAUGGAUCGCCUGUCAUGGCUCAUGCCUGA